AGCUUCUUCAAUGUUGUUGGAGCUGCUCCCAUCCAGACAAGCGGGGAGAAUUCCAUCACACUCCUGACUUGUGCCUUGUAGAUGGUGGACAGGCUUUCGGGAGUCAGGAGUAAAGAUUAAAGAAGAACAAGGAGAAUGAAGAAAAUGAAGAAGAAAAAGAAUGGAAAGAAACCAAAUAUUUCCAUCAUAAUUGAAAAGUUUUUGAAAAGUUACAGAUGGCACUGUGCUCAGACCUCCAGCGCUGUCAGCUCAAUGCUGAUUCAGAGUCUGCAGAAAUGCAUUGAAAACGAACAUAUGCUCACAAAGUUUAUACUUGCACGUCCUGAGACAACUGCAGUUGAUUUGCCAUCAGUCACUUUGCAGCCAUUGCUAAUGACAAUCCGAGAUGAACGUUACAUGUAUGGGAAAGAAUUGUGUGUCUGGCACAUUGCUGUGAACAAUGAGGAUAUAGCAAAUUUAGCAAUAGUCCUUGAACUCCGUGGACGAACAUCAUAUCCAUUUUCCAAACUUGAGCUGUUGGACUGUGGGAUAGAUACAUGGUCAAUAGAAAGGCUUGGGAAAGCAGUCAAUGUUAGUGCACUGACCUGCAUCGUCCUGGAUUUUAAUGAACUUUGUGAUGAAGGUGCCAGAGGCCUGUGCCAUGGCCUGAAAGGGAAUGGACAGCUAUUGACGCUGAGCAUGUGUCACUGUCACCUGGGACCUCCAAGUGGCUCAUUAUUGGGAGACCUUGUUGCCAAUACUGCUAUCAGGGAUCUCUUUUUGGAUGGCAACAAUUUACAAUGCGAAGGAGCUUGCAAACUUAUCACAUUUAUUGCAGAUUAUGCAGAAAACAUGGCCAGGAUGAAAUUUGGUGCAUCAAUACAUCUUGAGGAGGAUCUAUUAACACAGUCCCUGGAAGCAGCUGACCAAUCUGGCUUGUACUCGGCCAUGUCGAAACAGUGCUUUGGACAAAGGGCCAUCACUGACCAGGCAGGUAUCAUGAACAACGUCGAUACCGGAUCAAAGAAGAAAAAGAGAAGGGAAGAUAAGCAGGAACUCGCACAGAUUGCUCCCUGGUUAUCCAGAUUGCACCUGACAGAUAAUGGCAUUGAUGGAAGAGGAAACAGCAGCAUCAUGGGUCCAAUAAUGUUUACUCAAGUAUUGUGUCAGCUGAUCAAGUUUUCAGAUCAUUUGACAGAACUGGAUCUGGAUAAUAAUAGCCUGGGUGAGCUUUGUGGAAAAGAAAUACUGAAAGCCUUAAGGGAGAGGAAAGAAGCAAAGCUGCAGAGUUUAAACAUCAAAGUGACAGCUCAAAUGAAUGAGGAUACUUUUAGCAACAUUUUGAACAGCUCCAAAAAACUGAAGAAAAGUAAGAGAAAGAAGAAAAAGAAGUAACCGGAUGGAAUGAUGGAUGAGUGACCUACAGGAGUAUUGGAUCUAGCUUUAAAGAGAGCUGGAACUACAGUUUCCUCUCAACAAAGAACAAAAGCUCAGAAUCUUGAAAACAGACUUUGUUCUCAUUAGUGUGAUGGUGCAUGCCCUUCAUAAUGUUUUCAUAACUUUUCUGUCCUCUUGUGCUUGGGGGAAUGAGCCAUAUUUCCUGAUUUUAGCAAAAACCAAGGUCUGUUCGAUAGGUUCUAAAUUUCUUUUGCAGCAAGCGAAUGUUACCUGAAGGAGAAUAAGCCACGUGCUUCCUAGCACGUUAUCCUUUUACAAACAAAUGAAUUAGAAGUUGGAGGCCAUUCAGCCCUUUGAGCUCAGCAAGUAGUUCAGUAAGAUAUCGGCCAAUCUUAUUGUGGCCUCUCAACUCCAUUUUCUUGCCUGCUCCAAUACCCUUUGCCGCUCUUGUUGGACAAGAAUCCAUCUGUCUUCACACAGUAUUGAACCUGCUUCCAUCACUUCCUGGAAAAGAGAAUUCUACGGACUCUGAGAGAACAGGCCUUUACUCAUCUCUAUCUUAAAUGGGGGACCUGUAUUUUGUAAACCGUGUUCUCUAGCCCAAGUCAAUACAGUGUGGAUCGGGAGGAACACAGCAGGCCAGGCUGCAUCAGAGGAGCAGGCAUAAACCAGAAACAUCAGCUUUCCUGCUUCUCUGAAGCUGCCUGGCCUGCCGUAUUCCUCCAGCUUCACACUGUGUUAUCUCUGACUCCAGCAUCUGCAGUUCUUGCUAUCCCCUGGUCCAAAUCUUUCUCACGAGAGAAACAUUUCAACAUCCACCCUGUCAAGUCAGAUCACGUAUGUCUUAAUGAGAUCAGCUCUCAAUCCUCGAAACUCCAAUGAAUACAGACCCAAGAUGGCAGAGCUUUCCUUGUCCCAGGAAUCAGUCGAAUGAACCUCCUCUAACCUGAUUUGAAUGCAAUUAUGUCCCUUCAUAAAUAAAGAGAUGCGGUCCUCUAGCUAUGGUCUCACCAAUACUCGUACAGCUGUAACAAAACAUCCCCACUUUCAUAUUCCAAUCUCCUUAUAAUUAAUAACCACCUUCUAUUUGCCUUUCUAACCACUUGCUGUCUCUGCAUAUCAACAAGUUGAGGUUCUCAUACUCAGGGCAUGCGGAUCCCUCUAUACCUCAGAGUUCUACAAUCUCUCCCUAUUUGAGCUGUUUUUCCUGUUGCAGCAUAGAUCUUACAGCUCCUCUGACAUAGCAGGCUUAGUUAAAGAAUUAUUAUUGUUCUAUUACAAUUAUUAUAUUUCAAGUAUAAGAUUUUUGUUCAUUUUAUUUCAUGAACAUUGAAAAAUACCAAAAAACCCAAAAUAAUUGAUUCAGAGAUAGUAGGAACUACAGAUGCUGGAGAAUCUGAGAUAACAAGGUGUAGAGCUGGAUGAACACAGCAGGCCAAGCAGCAUCAGAGGAGCAGGAAGGCUGAUAUUUCGGGCCGAGACCCUUCUUCAGAAAGGCCUAAAACAUCAGCCUUCCGGCUCCUCUGAUGCUGCUUGGCCUGCUGUGUUCAUCCACCUCUGCACCUUAUUAUCCCAAAAAAAUUGAAUUUUUGGACUUUUUUUUAAAUGAGCUUUUCAGGGCCUUUGAUGAAUGCCUGAGGUUUUUUUUAUUCUAAGUUUAGAAGGCUAUAAAACAUUAUACAUGUUAAAGGGUGUUUUUUUGUAAUUGCAAAAGCGUUUUUUGGAAGAACUGAACAGUUUGUUUUAAAAAUAAGGAGUUGCAUUUUCAUUUUGGGGAGUCCUGGUUGGCUCUGGAGGAAUUCAUUGAAGAGGAGGCUUUUUUUUAUUCAUUUAAUCAGCUAAGUCAUUGAUUUUAUCUGAGAUCUAUAUGUUUCAUAUAUGUGGUAUGAAAGAGCUGCCCAUAUUUGAAAGACACAAAAUGGCUGACAAGGGGGUAACAGAAUUCAAAAGCCAGCUCCAGCAUUUAGACACAAAAUGGUGGACAAGUGAUUAAAACAGAAUUAAACACCUGCUCCAGCAUCUAAGUGGUGCACAAUGGUACCAUUGAACAGUGGUUACUCCAAGAUGAACAGGAGGCCCUGCACAAACAGCAAUCAGAGACAGUUCAUUAAGAUAUUUCUGAAGAAGGAUCCAGACCUGAAACAUCAGCUUUCCUGCUCCUCUGAUGCUGCCUGGCCUGCUGUGUUCCUCUUGAAGGGACUUGAAAUAUAAUAAUUGUAAUAAAGCUAUAAUAAAGCUCUGCACCUUGUUAUCCCAGCUCGAUUAGAGGAUGUUCAUGGGCAGACAGCUUGAAAAUUUGUAACAAACAUUGAAGAAGAAGUCAAAACUUCUGAACAAAAGGGAUUGUGGCUCAUAAAAUUUGAAGGAUCAAAUAAGCUCAUCAAACCGUGAUAUGUGAUUGAUUUCCGCCUCAUUAAUGAAAGGAUGUUAAUCCAUGAGGUGAACUGCGUCAGUGAGAACAAGGGGUGUAAAUCUCAUUCUUGGAGACAGCCAAAUGGUAUAGCUUAUAGGCCGUGGGCACAGCCUUAAAAUUAGAGGGGGUAAAUUUAAAACUGAAAUGAGAUGACAUUUCUUCAGCUAGAGAGUGGUGGGCUUGUGGAAUUCAUUACCGCAGAGUGCAGUGGAGGCUGGGACGUUGGAUGCCUUCAAGGCAGAGAUCGACAAAUUCUUGAUCUCAGAAGGA